CAUAUGGAGGCGGUCCCUGACGCCCUGCUGUUCAGUCUGACUCCAAACUCUGAGCUCCGGCGGAUCAGAGGCAGCGCUUUAUCUCUGAUUCCAUCACUACUGACUGUCAUCACAGGUCCAUCCCAGCAGGCACCGCGGCUCUGCCAGCUCACCUACGGCGAAGCGAAGUGAAGAGAUCAGCUGAUCGGACAGCAGGCCGGAGACGCGAUGGCUCAGCGAAUACAGGACAUCAUGCGGCUGUGCUGCGAGGUGUCGGCCAACCAGCAGAUGAAAGCGGCAGUGAAGGGUUCUGGAAAGGGAGCGGCCGUGGCUGGGGGCGGAGCCUUUUUGGGCGGUCUUUUAGCCGGACCACCGGGGAUCGCUGCAGGUGGAGCUCUGGGAGGCCUGCUGGGAUACUGGCUGACCAGUGGUCAGUUUAAACCAGUUCCUGAGAUCAUCAUGGCGCUCCCGCCACAGCAGCAGCAGAAGCUCUACUCCGACGUUAUGGCGAUUUUGGGCACACUGGACUGGGUGGAUGUCGUCCAGCUGGUCACGCUGGUGAUGGGAAAUGCGACGAUGCAGCAGCAGGUUGCCGCCGCCGUCCUCAGCUACGUCACCAAAGAGCUGAAGGCGGAGGUGCGCUACGGAGACUGACCACCAGGGGGAGAUUGGAUACUCACUGCUUCAUAUUUGAGCCUGGUGCCUUACUGCUUUAUUUAUAUGGGUAAUUUAAGCUCUAUUUUAGAUGAACGAAUGACUUUAUAAAGGAUCUUAAAGCGACACUUUGUCCAAAAUCUCAUUUUCGCCCGAAUGUAGUCGAGCCAGCGAAGACAUGUGGAGCUACGAGGCCAAUGUAGCUAACAGGUGAUGGGUCGGUUCAGGUGCCUGAAUCGCCGCACUGCAUGGAGAUGAUCAAUAAUCUCUAGAUUGGCUUGAUCGUGUGGUUCCUGACACGGUGGCUCCCUGUUAUCUGUAAGCAUGGCUGAAGUGAAGCUGCUUAGCUGAACACGGGAUUCUGUCUCUUUCGUCUGUGUUGAUACGUUUGGGUGAGGAGAUGGUUUGUUGGGUGAAUUGUUGCUUUGAAGUUCUGAAAUGUCUAUCAUGAAGUACAAGCUGACCUCUUUAGCUUUUUAGGAUGAAUUAGAGUUAUAAAUUAUAGUUUUUUCUAGUCACAACAAAAGAUAUUUUGCACUGAUGUUUUGUACACAAGAGAAGUCUUUAUUUUUAUUUGAAUGCGUUCUAUUAGGGAUACAGUGUACUUCUCACUAUUGCAUCAUGUGUGAUUUGGAUGAGAACAUCAUGUUGGUACCUGAACUUGUUUAAUAAAUGGUCGUUAUUAAA